CUCCGUACGUUACUCGGUCCACAUCUGAUGUGUCUGCUGUAAUGUAUGAACAGGCCCUGAGUUUAAAGAGCAGCUCUGAAGGGGCGGAACUAAGCGCUGCUGAAUGUACCGAGCUCUGCUGACAGCGGCUCUAACGUUACACCGAAUGAGCUCCGGUCGACGAGAAACACGCCGACAUCGAUCAUGCAGGAGAAUUUGCCUUUCCAGAUAUCCGAGGUAUGAGCCAUUGCACCAUCCCUGAGCGUCGGCAGAAGCCUGAGAAGGACGCAAGGGUGUGCACUGUGUUAUAAGAACGAGCAAGUGGAUAUUCAGACAUCAGAGAACGACGAGCAACAACGUGAAUUAUGUCUUACUAUAACAGAGAACUGGUGGUAUUUUUUAUUAAAUAUAAACUCUCGCAGAGGAACUACCCCUACAACCACAUUGAAUUUACAGAAGACACAAAUCGGACUGAUGCUGCGGAAGGGAAUGAUGAUGAGGGGGCAGCAGGAACGACAACCCUCGUUAAUGGCUCCCUGAACGGAACAAGUACUGGUUCCACUGGAACCCCACCAAUGUCCCCCGCUUCAACCCCCCAGCAUCAGACGAACGGGACUGGGGGUCUGGACGCUGUAAAGGAGGCGCUUCGUGAUUCUGCCAACGAGUUUGAGCUGCGUUAUUCCCAAGCCUUCAAUGACCUGUCCUCGCAGCUCCACAUCACGCCUGCCACAGCGUACCAGAGCUUCGAGAGCGUGAUGGAUGAGGUGUUCCGUGACGGCGUCAACUGGGGCCGCAUCGUGGGACUGUUUGCCUUUGGAGGGGCUCUGUGUGUUGAGUGCGUGGAGAAGGAGAUGAGCCCACUAGUGGGAAGCAUCGCGGAAUGGAUGUCCGUCUACCUAGACAACAAAAUUCAGCCCUGGAUCCAGAGCCAAGGAGGAUGGGAACGUUUUGCAGAGAUCUUUGGAAAAGAUGCAGCAGCAGAGAGCAGAAAAUCACAAGAAAACUUCAAGAAGUGGUUGCUGGCGGGAAUGACCUUGCUCACGGGUGUUGUGGUCGGGUCACUCUUCGCACAGAAACGCCUGUGAGGAUCAGGAUAACUGAAGAUCCAAAUACACCCACUGCUUCGUUUAGACCUCCUGCUAACAUUAAGGAACUUAAA